UACACGGCCAGACCCAACUCCUGCCAUCACCGCACAGGCAACACCAACCACCUCUCUAUCCAUCUGUCUCUGCCCACCAGCCACCUAGCCAGCAAGCCAGCCAGCCAGCCACCACCAGCCCGUCUGUCUGUACGCCUGUCUGUCCCCAUCAUCACUUGCCCCGCCCAGCCGCUCUCACAGACUCUCACAUUCACCCCAGCAUCCACGCCGUCAGGUCCUCCUCUCCCCGCGCUCCUCGAGUUCACCACGCCUGACUCUCAACGCGGCAGCGACAACACUCAACUUCUGUAAGAUGGCGCGGGCCGGAUUCCUGGUGGUGCUGGUGGCGCUGGUUGUGUUGGCGGCGGCAGUGUGUCAAGCCCGCUACCUCCCCACCAGGGCAGAUGAUUCUCGCCUCGACGAAAUUAGGGAGCUGCUGAGGGAGCUGCUGGAGAGGACGGCUGAAGGCGGCGUGGGCGGCAGCAGCAGCAGCAGCGGCAGGAUGGCUUAUGACAAGAGGUUCCUGUUCAAGCGAGCCGCCCCCGUGGAGGUCGCCGGCGCAGAGGUGGUGGAGCCCCUCAUGAACCUACCACAGUAACUCCUCCACUCCUCCACCACAGUCCCUCCUCCACCCUCAUGUACCUCCUCCACCUCGACACAGUGUGGGAGAAUAUUAUUAUUAUCAUUUUUUGUAAAUGUUAAGUCAGAAGAGUGAAGGGCACAGAGUGUGACAGAUUAAGCCCCACUCCUCCUCUUCCUCUUCCUCCUCUUCCUCUUCCUCCUCCUCUUCAUCCUUUCACUCUCUUCCUCAUCAUUCUCAUCCUUCCUUCCUCUUCUUCUUUCUUCUCCUCCUCCUUCUCUUUUCACUC